AUGAAGGGUUCCUCUAUUCUAAGUCUGGCAGGUCUUCUGUCCUUAGUCAACGCCCAUGGAUACCUGACCAUUCCUUCAAGUCGUACUCGGCUUGGAUUCGAGGCUGGCAUUGAUACCUGUCCUGAAUGCUCCAUCCUUGAACCAGUCUCUCCUUGGCCUGACCUAGAAGGACCCCAAGUUGGCCGUAGUGGACCAUGUGGUUACAAUGCCCGGGUUAGUGUUGAUUAUAACCAGCCCGCCGCUCACUGGGGCAACGUGGUCGCCAAAUACACUGCGAACCAGAUUGUGGAAGUGCAGUGGUGUGUCGACAACAAUGGAGACCAUGGUGGCAUGUUUACCUACGGUAUCUGCCAGGACCAGGCCCUGGUCGACAAAUUCCUUGAUCCAAACUAUCUUCCAACCAAUGCCGAGAAACAAGCUGCAGAAGACUGUUUCCUGAAGGGUGAAUUGAAAUGUACAGACGUUCCUGGACAGGACUGUGGCUACAGUCCGGACUGCUCUCCCGGACAGCUAUGCUGGCGCAAUGACUGGUUUACCUGCAAUGCAUUCGGUGCCAGCAACCGACGCGGCUGCCAGGGCGUGGACGGUGCGCCAUUGAACUCCUGCAAGACAACUAUUGCUGGUGGCUAUACUGUUACGAAGAGAAUCAAGAUCCCAGACUACAAUUCAGCACACACUCUGCUGCGCUUCCGAUGGAACUCUUUCCAGACAGGCCAGGCUUAUCUUAACUGUGCUGAUAUUUCUAUCGGGGGUUCCGGGGGAGGAUCGACUACCACCAGCGGUACGACUUUGACCACUACGACAAGUAAGACAACAACUACCGGAGCAUGUGCUACUCCUGCCAGCAGCGUCUCGGUAACUUUCAACGAGUUGGUAACCACGUCAGUGGGCCAGAAUAUCUUCCUCACUGGGUCAAUCAGCCAGCUGGGCUCCUGGUCUACCUCGUCGGCUAUCCCACUGUCAGCAGGCUCAUACACAUCGUCUAACCCACUGUGGACUGCCAGUGUUAAUCUCCCUGUUGGUACUACCUUUACGUACAAGUUCUUCAAGAAAGGAGCGGACGGUAAAAUUACCUGGGAAAGUGACCCUAACCGGAGCUAUACUGUACCAGCAGGCUGCUCUGGAACUGCAGUCACUGAAAGUACAACCUGGCGGUAG